AUGGCGCUGGGAUUUGGACGUCUAUUGAUCGGUGGAGGCAAGGGAAGUAAACAGCAUGAGGUUGCACAUACGCCUGCCGUCUGGGUUUUGUUCUCUGUGUUCGCCUCCAUCCGCUCAAAGUUGGCUGUUCAGAACGUGAUUCUGCGCGCCCGCUUAAUCGUGCGUAGUCCCUGCCGCUGUGGAAGAAUCAAAAAACAAACGAGCAACAACUGGUUCCGAGUUAGCGGAAUUCAACCAUUUGGAAAGGACUUUGCUCGCCCUCUUGUUGAAAACCAGUGUUGUGACCAAGCUGGUUUCGACUGUGCAGUGGACGAUCUACUCCAAGAACCACCUCUGGUUCUACCGGAGGGAAAUUCUAAUUCUUUCGACAGUCAGGAUAUUUCUGAGAAGAGUGAAAAGUCGACAGCAAAAAAAGCUGUGUUAGGAAAAACGGAUGAGAUUUUAAACAACCCUGAAUUCCCGCCGCCUCCAUCUCCCGCCUCUUUUCAGGAUACGGAUCACGAAGAACCUGAAAGAGUCUCAGAGGCACGAAACACGUGUAACAGUGCUGCUGAAUUGCCUAUAUCGACUGCUUACCACUCAACGCAAGCAGACUCCAAUCUACGCCCUGAGACUGAGGCAGAUUACCUGAUAUCUGGUGACAUUGCUGAAACUUUUGCUACCGACGAGAGGGUGAACACCGAAUUUUGUGUUGUAGAAGAUCCCUUAAUUCCACAGGAUACAAGGGAAAACAGUCUGGAGAAGAUCAGUAGUCAAAGCAGCUAUCGUGAUUCAGAGACAGCUCCAGAAGUAGAUCAAGGUUUUUUGGAAAACGGCCACCUCAGUGAGGAGAGCUGCAGUUCCUAUCAGCUGGUCAAGUCAAUAGGCGACCAGACACCCAAAGCUGCUGGACUAGCCGAAUCUUCUGGAUCUCAGCAGCCGCAGCAAAACCUUAGAGAUUCAAAGGAGGAAAUACCGGUCGAAGCUUGUGCGGAACCGGAGAGCACUUCCGAACAGACCACGCAAAAUAAUUUGGUCAACCAAACGGUCGAGACAGCCGAAUCACUGACCCUGGACCACAACUUCUGUGCAGAGAGUUCCUUUGAUUAUGUUUCACCUACUGAGACACUAGUGAGCGGGACCACUGAGCAAGGAGCCACAUGUACGGCUCCGUAUGACAUCUCAAUGAGUACUACUGGUGGUAUUUCCGAGAUUGCCUCUGACAGAAUGACACAUGAACCUCUGAACCAGACCUCAACGAGCGCGGAAGACAUGGACGAUGAGGCACACGAAUUCGAAACGGACAACCGCACUACUUAUGACAUCGAAAGCAACUAUCAUGAUGAAGUAGCAGUAGAAGAUGCGGAAGAAUUGACAGAAAGGGGAUCCGACAUUCAUCUGGGCUCGAGCUUCCAACCAGGCGUCCUGGAGUUUGGUAUCAUUGAGGAGGAAGCAAGGCCAUCCUUCAAAGCGAUCUGUGAGGAACUGGACAAGAAAAAUGUCGUAAGUCACCUACAACAGUGUCACUCCGGCCCGUUCGUAAUGAACCCCCCAAUCGCCAGUCUGCGUCAGCAAGACAUUGUGGUAUUAAAUCCUAGAACCGGAGAAGUUUUGGGGGCUAAUCAGCACGCAGCUCAACCGAUUCACGCAGCACAAAUCGACAUCCUGAAGGCAACCAAUGAGGAUGCAGUAACUGGAGGAAUGGAUCAACAUUUGAACGGACCAGAUGAUUUGGGACAGCAGCCAGGUUACGAGAUGCAACAAAACGGAAAUACAGAUUCUUCCUCCAAAGGUGGAAGAGGAGCAGGGGCAUCGGACGAGGGCAGUGGGAAUGCCAAUGGUGGUAGCCACCCCAUACACAGUGCGUCGAUGGAGCGAGCCCGUCAAACAUAUAACAUGUCACAGUGCCAGUUGGCCCACGUGACCGUAUACCUCGAUCGAGCCUUGAUCUGUCGCCGUAUACGACCUCGAUUCAAGGCGUCCGAAAUUACGGAAGUGCUUUUUGAACAUCUGUCGCCAGCGAUAGACAAGGACUCCGUACGGUAA